GACAUUCGGGCCGGCAAGAAGGUUUCUUCCAUUGAGUUGCUCUACCAGAUGAACUGGGUAAUGUUGCACAUGAUCGGCUUCUUCGCCUUUCUCGGCCCGGCCGUCAUCAUCGAGCUCCCUGUGGCUCUCUAUGAGAUCAUUACAGGAGCAGGCGGCUUAAGUUCUUUGGAUGAAGGCCCAUUCAUCAAGCACUAUCGCCUGGUUCUCGCGGUCAUGCGAGUGUUGUGUGCCAUUCUGCUCCUGUUUGCGGCGCCCUUCCUAGCGACCACCAAGACCAGGAAUCCGAACACCUUGGCCGCCUUGAAGUGGCGAGCAGAGUUCACGGUUGGUGAGUUCGGAGCCACACAAAUGUACUUCAAUGCGUUGAGCGUCUUCUUCCAACCAGGAGUUGGCCCUUACAGCUGGUUGGAUCUCGGCCUGCUUGGCCUUCUGAGCCUGGAAGCCUUCCGGAUCUUCUGUGUGCACGGCGUGUUUUGGUUGGUCGUCAUGAAUCGGUGGGACAGCAUCGACUGGGCAGGAGAAAUGAAGAGGAGGGUGCCGGCGCAGGGUCCCGUCAUGCAGGGCCUGCGGACUCUCACAGGAGAUGAGCUGACGCACAUGCACGCUGUGCAGGCCGGUGUGCCAGACUUCUCUGAAUGGAUCGUCAAGGCGUCGAAGUACCUACCGGCCAGUCUCGUUGCGACCGGCUGCAAGUACGACAAGUUCAGGCUCCUAGUGGUGAAACCUGACAACUACGAGAACUUCAGAGCCAUGGAGUUCCACGAGCUGAGUUCGGACGACUUGGACAACUGGAAUAAGGACCUGUCCCGCGUGAGUUCGGCCUUUGAGUCUGCCGAUACCGUCUUUUUCCCCUACGGACUCUAUAAGAUGGACAUGAUGCACCCGAAGGCAUUGUUGUCCCUAUCCAAGUACCAGGGUGAUGCUCGGUGCCGAGUCUGA